GGCGUCGUCUGUUGUCGUUAUCGCCAUUUUGAUUCGAAGGCUUCCGCUGUCCCUCAUAAAACCUGACUUUUAAUUUAACAUUUAUCCCAAAAUUUUCUGAAUCAUUACUAGUAUUUGCAUUUAUCUGUGAAGUGAUUUCAACUGUUCUGCUAAAAUUCGGGCCGUGAGGCUAUCGUUCAGCGUGACACCAUGUGUGUAGUGCAGCGCCUUCAGUGGCCGAUUUGAAGAAAAUCUUGCUAUUGAUGCCCCCUGUAUUUGAAAUCCGGACUUGAAUGAAGAGUUCCAAGAGAGUUCAAUUUAACGUUUAAGGAACACGAAACAUAAAGAUGGCGGUCACAAAUCCCAAAACGUCAUCUCAAGGAAAAGUUGAAGUGAAAUUAGAAGGAUCUCAAGAGGAGGAGGUAGCAACGGAGGGCGAAACGGUGACAGAUAUACAAAAUUAUCUUGAUUCGUUCAAUAAAGAAAUCCAAGGUGGAGAACCUUCCACAAUCCAAGCCGCUGCAGAAGCGCAAAAUGGAGCCCCUGAAGGAACCUACUUUGUUGAUUUGUCAGGGAAUUAUUGCUAUCAGGCAGGCAGCACUGAAGACGGAGCACAAGUUCUUACAGUUGUUUCUGGUGUGGCUGAUCCUAAUUCAGGCGUGGGCUCGGUGGUGACAUCUGAACACCAACAGUAUGUUACGAUACAGACAAGUGGUGAAAAUGCCGGCUCAGGCAAUUCGAAUGAAGAAAAUAUGCAGCUGUUGAGUGAGAAUGGUGACGCAUUUCAAACAGUGACGAUAGUUCCAUCAGAAACAAACCCUGGUGAAGUGAGCUACGUUCUGAUUGUGCAGCAGCGAGAUGACGACAAACAUGAUGACAAAGAUGACGACGAAGACCAAGAUUUGACUGUUUACGACUUUGACGAUGGCGAAGAACCUGGUCCUGUCAGUGCUGCCGAAUCUGGCGAUGAAGAUGAUAAGUCGAAAAUCAUCAAGCUUACCCCCAAAAAGUCUCAAACGGUUACGCAAGCUCACAUGUGUAACUACUGCAACUAUACUAGUCCAAAAAGGUAUCUCCUAUCCCGUCACAUGAAGUCGCACUCGGAAGAAAGGCCCCACAAGUGCAGCGUAUGUGAGCGAGGUUUCAAAACACUAGCGUCCUUACAGAAUCAUGUCAAUACCCAUACUGGUACCAAGCCACAUAGGUGUAAAUUCUGUGAGAGCGCUUUCACUACCUCAGGUGAAUUAGUAAGACACGUUCGAUAUAAGCACACUUAUGAAAAACCUCAUAAGUGCACAAUUUGUGAUUAUGCCAGUGUAGAGCUGAGCAAAAUGAGGAAUCAUAUGAGAUGUCAUACGGGUGAAAGACCUUAUCAGUGUCCACACUGUACUUAUGCAAGUCCAGACACAUUCAAAUUGAAACGGCAUUUGCGAAUUCAUACUGGCGAGAAACCCUAUGAAUGUGAUAUAUGCCAUGCCCGAUUCACCCAGUCAAACAGUUUGAAAGCCCACAAACUAAUCCAUAGCGCUGGUGAUAAGCCUGUGUUUCGAUGCGAGUUGUGUCCGGCCACUUGUGGAAGAAAAACCGAUCUCAGAAUCCACGUCCAAAAACUCCACAUGUCCGAUCAUCCUUUGAAAUGCAAAAGAUGUGGGAAGCAGUUCCCUGACCGAUACACAUUUAAGGUUCAUAAUAAAUCGCACGAAGGUGAGAAAUGCUGGAAAUGUGAGCUGUGUCCGUAUGCCUCUGUAUCGCAACGACAUCUUGAGUCACAUAUACUAAUCCACACAGAUCAGAAACCUUUCCAAUGUGAAAUGUGUGAUCAGUCAUUUCGACAAAAGCAACUGCUUAGGAGACACCAAAAUCUUUACCAUAAUCCUGCCUACGUCCCACCGCCUCCAAAAGAGAAAACGCACGUCUGUCCCGAUUGCAAGCGUAUGUUCAGGCACAAAGGAAACCUCAUCCGUCACAUGUCCGUCCACGACCCAGAGUCGGCCCAAUCAGAAAAAGCUCUGGCUCUCAAGCUUGGUCGGCAGAAAAAGAUUCAAAUUAUCGAUGGACAACAGGUGGAAGUCAUUCCAGACGACGAUGAAGAAGAGGAAGAAGAAGAUGAGGAGGACGAGAUGGACGAAACGGGCGAGUUGUCAGCCGGGAUGGGCCAGCAGGUCAUGCAAGUCGAGGGUGCUGAUGGUCAGCAGUACGUUGUGCUGGAGGUGAUUCAACUUCAGGAUAGCAAUGGCGAUCCGCUGGCCGUCAUGUCACAAAAUAACUACGAGUCGCUCCAGAAUAUGACUGCGGAUAAGCAUAAUAUGCUAGAGGACACGAAAGUCGGCCAAGAAGUGUUCCUGAAGAUCAAAGCGAAGGAAGAGGCGACUACAGCAGAAGACAACAUGGAGAACUGCUUCGGUUUCGACGAAGAAGAGGAUGAAGAUGGGGUGGAAAUGGAGACUGAAGAAGUUACCACUGAACAAGCUGAAGUUAUCAUGCCAUGAGAUUUGUAGGUGACGAUUGGUAACCAGUCGUCAUGAAUGUGAUCAUUGAUGAAUAGAAAUUUGUCAGUUUCUUUUUGACACAUUCUUGCAGAUGCUGGUGAAUUUUCAAUUAGUGCAUCGCCCAAUCUACUUGGUUCAUAGUGGGCGAGACUCCGCCUUUCGUUGACCUCUAGUGAAGGUCAGUCGUUGAGAAAAUGAAACGGCUCUUCGACCUCUCCUACAGAAAAUAAAAGAGACAUUUUUUAAUUACUCUGGAUUCUGAAGAUUGCUGUUUUUUGGAAGAGAAUUAUGCUCAAAAGUAGUACUACAGAAAUGUUUUUAGGCAGUAAGAGUUUAUCUUCUAUUAUUUUUAAGAUAACUUUCGAAAUCUUUGCAGUUUGUAAGAAACUCACACCGCUUGAUCAGUAUCUGCAGCAGUGGAAAAGAUAAGUGUAGGAAGAAAAAAGUGAAUUAAUGUAUGUUAACUCAGCGGGCUGAUUAUCGAAAGUUUAAAGCAGCCCGAUGACUGGGCAUCACUGGCCAGUUUUUUGUAUCAUUACAUCUUUAGAUGAUAUCAAUAGUCUAAUGAAUCAAGUAACCAGGGAAAAUUCUUAAAAUUGGGUCAAACCGAUUUAGUCAACCUUCAAUUCGUCUUGUUUUGUAAGUAAGUAUUUUAUUGAAAACAAUUCGUUUUCUGAUCAGUCUGGAGUAUGCCUCCGUAGUAAGUCAUAAAGCCUCCAUGAUUGGUCAAUGUGUAGAGCUUGUAUAUCCAAUUAUUGUACAGAUCAAUUUUUAGUGUAGAUUUGACUUUGUUUAUACAUACUUGAACCCUUGUUUGUAUAGUGUCUGUAAAAAUUUUGCUGUUGUCUCUGAGAACCGUCCGAAAUUUUUCGGGCAGUUAAGUUGUGCAGUAUUUUGGGAAUGACAGUUGUCUAAACAUAUAUUAAAGCCAAGGGUGCAGAUUUUUUUUAGGACUCUCGGAAUCCUCUUAUUCUUCCCAGAAGUGUUUUCAAUCCAAAUAUUUGAAAAGAUUUCACUGAAAAUUUUAGAAAAAGCUUGUUUAUCAACUUGCUAUUGAGGAAAUGGCCUCAAAGCUUUCAAGUUCAUACAAGAUCAAUGACUCCACAAUUCUGCACCCCAGUUUUUGAAAGCUUGAAUCGCUUUCAGUGUAUAUUGUUGUGUAAUUUACCUUUAACCAAAGAAUUUUAAAUAUUUUUCUUGAUUAAGUACGCUUUAUCAAGCUUUUUCUUUGCACAUAAAUAAUAACUGAUUUGCAGCUUCCUUUUUUGUGAGAGUAAAUUUCAGCUAGCUCUUCAAGCGCCGGUAAAAAGAAGGAACCAAGAAAAGUUAGAGGUAAACAUUCAUGAAAAUUUUACUCGCAAGUAUCCAAGAAUCCUACAUAUAGAAGGGAAACAUUUUUAAUUUUUUUAAACCAUUAUUAUGAAUUUUUUGAAGUUCUAAAAUUAAGGGAAAUUCUAUCAUGAGAAAAUAAAACCUCUAUUAUUAAGAUGAAUUCCUAUUUUAACUUUGGAAACUGCUCCUCCUUGAGAUGCAAGUUGAUAAAGCGCGAAGUAACUCUAGCUAAAGCCUCUUUCUUCUUUUUUUCUGUAAUUUUAUCUAAUUUUGGACGCAGUUCCAAACAGCUGGAAAUUAAUUUUUUCCAGUACAAAUUGCACGGCGAGAAGUGUCUCCCUUUAAUUAGGAGGAUUUUAAGGUUUCACCUAACCUUUCAUGAUACUUCAAAACCAAAAAAUGCAUCAUUUACUGUACAAGAUAGAGUGUGAAAAGUAUCAAUUUGUGCAUCAAAAGGAAAUCCCCUAAAGUUUAAUUUUUACCUUCAGUUUUUUGAAAUCACGCAACAGCCCUUGCAUAUAGGCAAGAGUUUUAUUACGAUCAUCAUGUGCGAAGAAAAUGCCCAAAUUUAAAAUAAGUACGAGACAUUUUUGAAUUCUUGCAUCUCAUUUACUUCAGCCUCUAUUCAAUCUGUAGAUAGAUACAUUCAUUCUUUCUUUAUAUGGAUAGUGUUAAGAACACGUGUCACAUCUACAUCAAGAGAUUUGAAAAUAGACCUAUGUGCAAAAGUGUAGGACUGGUGUCACAAGUUAAAUAGGGACUUACACAAAAUUAGGGGCCCUAGUAUUGCAAUAAGGUCACAUCUGCAUAUAGAAAACGUUCUGUGUGCUCACUGCCCAAGACCACCCAAGUGGUUAUUCAAUUUUAAUGUUCUGUCAUGUAGGGUUUCUAUUGUAGAGCUAUCCCAGUCCUUUUUUCCAUACGACUGAAUGUAACCCAAAUUUUUCUGCCUUAAAAAUCAGUUCUUUUUAAAAGGGCCCAAUGUAGAUAUGACAGGUUUUCUUAACGCUAUCUAAAUACUAGUUAGGUUUAAAAAUUUGGUUUUCAGAUAAUAUUUUUUAUGUUUUUCCUAUGCACAGUCUCCAGCUCUGGUAACAACUUAUUUUAUGGUUGAAUCUUAUUCUCACUUAUUUUAUAAUAAAUAGACACCGUCUUGAUCGUAUCUUGUUGGUGACGGAAGCGCGUUACAGUAAAAAUAUCCAGGGUCGGAUUAACAUUCAUUUUUUUUUUAUUAUUUUUAAAUCAGUUGAUGUACUUUUAUGUAUUAUGAGUUAUAGAAAUUUUUGUCAAAAUUUGUACUGUAUUCAACAAGUUUGAAAAAAGUAGACAAAUUUAAUCAAGGAAAGGACCUUGCACUAGAUCUUGGUUUCUUGUAAUAGCACUUUUAAAUGAUUGUUUUUCACUCAAGCUAAAGUUAUUGUACAGUCAGUGUCAAGUAUUUCUAUGUUCCAGCUCCUAUUCAUGUGAAACUCUUUCUUGUCUUGCCCUCAAAGUAUUGUGACGAUAAUUUUCUUCGCCAUAAAAUAAUUUUUGUAAAUCUUGAAA